GGCCCUCAAUAUGUGUGCACGAAUUUCGCAACGUUUGUCUGCGUCGCGUGCAGCGGAAUUCACCGCGAGUACACGCACCGCCUCAAGUCCGUGUCAAUGGCCAAGUUCACUCCUGAGGAGGUGGCGGCGCUACAGCAAGGCGGCAACCAGAAAGCGCGGGAGUUCUUUCUCGCGAAUGCCAGCAGGGUGGAGCCGCCAGAUCCUAAUGAUCCCAAUCGGCUGAGGGAGUUCGUGCGUUCAGUCUACGUGGAGAGGCGAUACGUGGCCAGCAGAGACCCGAACGCUGCUGCUGCGCCACCUGCGCGCGCGCAGUCCCCUUCCCCCUCCCGUUCCGCCGACCUCCCCCCAGCCUCCGCCUCCUCCCCGCAGCCCGUCUCCUCGUCCCAGCACAACGAUCACAGCCGUUUGUCUUCGGACUCCAGAGCCAUGCGGGCUUCCGCCGAUGGGUACGGUGGUGCUAGUGGGGCGAGCAGAGGGCCGGGCAGAGGCGCGGGUGCAGGCGGGCAGUCUAGGCCGAGCGGGGGCAGCGGAGCAGGGGGGGGGAGUAGAGGGGGAGGAGGAGGGCAGGGCGUGCAGGCUGUGAGUGUGCCUGUGAGUCAGGUGCUGGGGCGAGAUGUGGAGCUGAAGGUGUAUGCAGAAGGGGAGGAGGGCGCGGUGGGGAAUGGCGUGAAUGGGAGGCGUGCGGGACAGGGAGAGGAGCAGGGAGGAGCACCUGGAAGCCCUGGUUCCAUUGCUUCUUCUGCGGCAUCGCGCAAGGCUGCAGACGCUUACCCGCCAACGCCCGAGAGCAAGCUCAACCCCUCCACCAGUACCGCUCCCCCCAGUGCCGCCGUCACCACGGCCAGCCUCAUAGACUUCUCCAUUGACGACCCCUCCCCUGCACCAAGCACUGCCGGCGCAUCCGCUGCACCACCACCAGCAGCAGCAGCAGACCCAUUUGGGCUGGCAGAUCUCCUCGCGCCUGCCCCCGUUGUGCCCGACCCUGGCCAAGGUAUGGGCGCUGCAGGUAUGGGAGGUUUGGACCCUGCAGGUAUGGGCGCUGCUGCGGCCGGGCCUCCGUACGGGGCUCAGUUUCCUGGUGGAGCCCAGCUGUUUGGGGAUCAGGCCUUUGGAGGCGAGGCGCUUCCUGGCCAGCAGUACGGGGGAUCGCUGCCUAUGGGAGGUCAGGCUUUUGGUGGCGGUCAGCCUGGGGCAGCUGGAGGGCAGCCGUUUGCAGGGCAGCCGUUUGACGGGCAGGGGUAUGGCGGUCAGCCUGGUGGUGUGGAGUUUGGCGCGGUGCAGAACGCUGGUGCGGGGUUGGUUCCGGAUCAGCAGCAGGCCCAGGGUGGUGCUGCUAUGGGCUGGGGCUCUGGUUUCCUGCAUGCUGAGACCGGUGCUGGUGCUGUGCCUGCUGCAACUGCUGCUGCUGCGUCCGCUCCUGCUGCUGGGGGGUUGGAGCAGGCACAGCUGCCACAGGGACCGGCACAGCAGCCUGGGCAGCAAGGCGGUUUCUUUGGAGAAAACGAUGCUGCUGAUGCUGCUGUGGUAGCUGCAGCACCAGCACAAGCACCUGCAGCAGCAGCAGCAGCAGAUGAUUCUGCAUCAGAAGCAGCAGGAGAGGCGGGAGGCUUUGCAUCGUGGGCUGCGUUUGACGCCGCUCCUGCUGCUGCUGCUCCUGCUCCAGCCGCUGAUGUUCCUCCUGCUGCUGUUGGCGCAGGAAGCCAGCCCACUUCUGCUGCUGCACCUGGCGUUUCACCUGAAACCGCUUCUGCACAAGCAGGAGCAGCAGCGGCAGGUGGCGUCGAGGAAACACCCGCUGCUUCCGCUGGUGCUGCUACAGCAGCGCCAUCUGCAGAAAUGACUUGGAAUGCUUUCGGUGACGAGACAGCACAGCCAGCACUUCAGCAGCAGCAGCCGGGGAUAACAGAGGCCCCUGCCUCUGCUGCUCCAGCACCAUCAGCAGCAGCAGGAGGUGGAGCAGCAGGUACAGCAGCAGCAGGAGCAAGUGCAGCUGCCCCUACAGCAGCACCAUCAGCAGCACCAUCAGCAGCACCAUCAGCAGCACAAAAGGCGUCUGCAGCACGAGCAGCCAUUCCCGAGGACUUUUUCACCAACCUCCUCCCAGCGCCCACAGUAAAGAACGACCUGCCCUAUCUUGGGGGUUAUGCCGCCCCUCCCGCCCCUGCCCCUGCUGUCACCGGUACAAGCACACUCGCUUUUGGAUCGCCAGGAACAGUGGCUGCUGCAGCUUCUGCUUAUGGGGCAUAUGGGCAGCCUCAAAUGUCCGCGUUGGGACUGCCUCCCCAAGCCAUGGACUUGCCGCCCUACCAGAUGGGAGGACCCGCUACCGGACAAGCCAUGCCGUCCGCCUAUGAUCAAUUCCUCUCCACCACAACAGCCGCCCCUCCUCCUUUUCCCGGUGCCCCUGGUGCUGUGGGUGGUGGUCUCAACGCCCCUGCUUUUGGUGCUGCUGCUGCUGCCCCUGGUGCUUCUGGCGAUGGUAGCGGUGCGAUUACAACCGAAGCAGCAGCGCCAGCAGCAGCCAAGUCGACCAAUCCCUUUGCCUUUGAUGAUGAUGACGAGGAGGAGGACACUUCGGCUCCUGCUGCUUCUGCUACCGGUUCUCAGCCAUUCUCUAUGGAUCCAUUGGCUGCUGCUCUCCCUGGCGGUUAUUUUGCCCCUCCUGGCACCGCUGCUGCCCCUUUCCAGUCCCCUCAGCAGCAGAAUCCUGCAGCCACCCCAUUUGCACAUGGACCAGAUCUCUCCCCCCAACCCUCCGCCUUCUCCCCCUCCACUCCUCCUCAACCCACCGAUCCGUUCGGCGCACCUCUCCCUGCCCAAACCACCUCGCCUGGUCUGGCCGGACCUGCCGGUGGGUUCGGAGGUGCCACGCCUGGAGGGGGCGUGAGUGUGUCUGCUGACCUCUUUGGGGCUGGUUUCGGGUGGGGGGAAGGGGCAGCAGGAGGCGGAGGUGUGGGAGGAGGGGGAGGAGGAGGAGCAGUGGGGGGCAUGGGAGGUCAUAAUCAAAUGCAUUCAGCCGCUGGCGGUGGGGGGAUUUCUGCUUCUAUCGAUUUUGGUUUCCUUGGAGGUGGCGGUGGUGCUGCCUCUGGGCUUGCUCCUGGUGCUUCACAGGGUGGUGGGAACUUUGGAUUAGCGCCUGCUACUGCAGGAGCAGCAGGAGGGUCAUCUAUGGAUCCGUUUGCAUCCUUAAUGCCGACAGGGCAGGCUCCUGGUGCUCAUCAGCCCGCUCCUGCUGCUGGUGCAGCUGCGGCUGCUCCUGCAUCCUCUUUUGAUGGUUUCUCUUGGUAA